AUGGGUGGUUGUUCUCCGUCUGCGCCCGACUGGAUGUCGCUGGAAUCGGGAAUGAACGUUCCAGCUGAGUCUGAAGUCAAAGGUCAGGUUGUUGUGGCAGCUGCUGGUUUCUCAUUGAGUAUGCAGACUGAGGACACCAAAUAUCACCCUGAUAAACUCCCGUAUCGAGUCGGACUGGAAAUGGCCCGUAACGCCGGACACAUGGGAAGCGUCACCCCGGGGCCGUCCGGUGAGCAGCAGUCGUCGUGUGCGUCCAGUGUUCAGAGCAGCAGCAGCUCGUCAUCUCCAGUGAAGAGCAGCUCCUGUAACCCGUCCAUCAGCCCCCUCAGAACCGGACCGCUGCCCGCCGACCUGGACGACCUGAAGGUGUCUGAACUCAGGCAGCAGCUGCGCAUGCGUGGUCUGGCCGUGUCUGGCACUAAGACUGCGCUCAUCGAGCGGCUGCGGCCCUUCAGAGACUCCAGCUGCGCUUCUCCAGCCGCGUUCCCCGUGACGCCCACCGGAUCGCUCUCGUCCUGCCACUUCUACCGGUUCUGCAGCAGCGGCUCCACGCCGCCCAUCUCUCCGGCCUCGUCCGAGCUCUCCGUCAGCAGCUUCAGCGACGCCACCGUGUCCUCGCCACAGUUCGGCCUGAGCGCAGACGAGGGACCGGACCCCGAGAAGGACAAGAUGCUGGUGGAGAAGCAGAAGGUGAUCGAGGAGCUGAGGUGGAAGCUGCAGCAGGAGCAGAGGCAGGUGGAGGAGCUGCGCUUGCAGCUGCACAAGAGGAAGCGCAUGCAGGACUGUCCCGCUCCGCCGCAGCACAUGACGCAUCUGCAGCAGUUCUACAGUGUGUCUGUCAAGCAGGAGCAGAUGAAAGGCGGCUGCAUGGCUCACUGCGAUCUCCUGGAGCUGCAUUCGUCUGGAAGCCCCGCCGGUCUGUCUGCGCUCCUGAGCCCUCAGUGUUCUCCUGAAGAUCCGCCCGUCACCAAACCCUCCAGCAGCCCUCCAUCGCCAGACUCACACACGCUGCUGCAGAACGCAAGCAGAGCCACGCGCAGCACACAGGCAUCAGAACAGAAAGACGCUGCAUUGGUCUCAGUGUACUAUAGCAUCUCCACCGUGUGUCUUUGUGCUGGAAGAGUGAGAUUCCCGCUGGAUGUUUUUACCCGGGGUCUGUCACAGGGUCACGCAGCCGUCUAG